AUGUCCGUCUUCUUUGACUCCCCAAUCAGUGAAAACCUCGUGGCUGAGGGUGAGGCAGAGUCGGUAUUGAGUAGCAUCGGCGUCACCAAUGGAAUAUCACCCAACGAGUCACGCGAUUACCAACAACUCCUCGCUGCCGUACAUGAUGUAGCUCAACAUGUACUGGACUUGCCAGACUACGUAGCACGUGCAGACUUCAGCAAGUACCCACGAGAACAACUCCACCGGCCAUCAAAAGACGAGCAAGACUAUGGCAACGCCUGGGCUCACAAAUUCCUCAUCCGCGGCAAUCCGGAAGCGACUCUACUUCGAGGCAAGACGGUCUGUCUCAAAGACAAUAUUGCAGUUGCUGGUGUCCCACAGUUUUUUGGAACAGACGCUAUUCCGCCAUGGACUUCCGACUCGGAUGCCACAGUAGUCCGACGAACAUUAGACGCUGGUGCUCAUAUUGUGGGAACGGCAAUAUGCGAGAACUUCUGCAACUCAACUUCCUCAUUUACUUCGGCACAAGGGCAUGUAGACAAUCCAUAUGCAGAGGGCUUCUCAGCUGGCGGAAGCACGUCAGGGGGCUGUGCUGUGGUCGGGGGUGGACUUGUCGACAUUGCAAUUGGUGCUGAUCAAGGAGGCAGUAUCCGUGUGCCAUCAUCGUUCUGCGGCUGUGUAGGACUAAAACCCACUCACGGCCUAGUCCCAUACACAGGCGUGUCGAGUGGUGACCCAGUUAGUGACCACGCUGGGCCUAUUGCGAGAACCGUCAAAGAUGUAGCUCUAUGCUUAGAGGCCAUCAGCGGAAGAGACGACUAUGACGACCGCACUCUCGGUGCACCAACACAUGGAUCAACACACUACACACAACGACUUCAAAACUCCGUCGCUGGAUUCAAGAUUGGCGUUCUCAAAGAAGGAUUCGAGCACAGGAUAGUCGACCAGGAAGUGCGUAACACUGUUCAGAACGCGGUUGAGUCUUUCAAGCGUCUUGGUGCCACUGUCGAAGAGGUGUCGUUGCCUCUCCAUCUCGAGGGACCAGCCAUCUGGACUAUCCAACAACGAAUUGCCGGUACUCUUGGUAUGCUAGGCUAUGCACACGGGCGAAGAGGUCUAUUCUCAACAGCCUACGAAGCAGCACGUCAACCAUGGACAGACGAAUCGUUCCAGAAACUCUUUCCCUCGACCAAAAAUACGAUGAUCAACGGCCUCUCACUCAUGCACAGCUAUCCCGGUCUCUACGCGAAAACGAUGAACAUUGCACAACAACUGCGUGACUCAUACGAAGAACUUUUCCAGAAGUACGACGUUAUUGUCAUGCCCACAACACCUUUUGUGGCACCACCUAAUGCGGACUGGAAGCGUGGAGAUCGGCCCAUGGAUGCGCUCAAACCAAGCAUGGGUAUCACGAUUAACACGGCGAUUUUCGAUGUGACUGGCCACCCAGCCAUGUCACUUCCUGUGGGAUUUGCACCGUCGAAUGCAGAUGCACAGGUGAUGCUGCCAGUUGGCAUGCAACUGGUAGGCGGCUUGUGGCAGGAGCAAAAGGUGCUGGACGCCGCUUUCGCUUGGGAGUCAGCGAAUGACUGGAAGAAAAUCGGCCACAGAAUGGAUCAGGAAUCGAAGCUAGCAACAAAGCUAUGA